AUGGAGAUUCGGAAUAAGAGCGUUAAUACUUCAUCAUCAGCAGUUUCCUUUUCGCCCUCAAAGCCGAAAACACCAGGAAGGAGAUAUCAAAGAAAAACUGAUAUUAUCCAUCAAAGAACAAGAUCGGAUCACGAUGGUAACUCCUCCAUACUCAAUAAGAGCGACACUACGGAAUCGAAAAAAGAGCAAACUGAUUCCUGUUCGUUAUUACAACUUCAAGAAGCUCUCAAACAAGACGUUAACGAAACCUUAAAUGAGAUUAAUCAUGCAGCUUUGAUGAAAGAGACCCGUGUCAAAUUGUUAGAGAUUGUUUCGUUAGAGGAAAAGGCGAAAGAGUUAGAGUCUUCAAGCGACCCCCUUAAAAGCCUAGAUUCUUGGGAAGAACGACUUGCCCUUCUUAUUGAUGUAUAUGGUCUUUUAGAUCCGAAAGUUGAGGAUGCAAGCAAAAAAUUUAUUAUUCUGUGCAAUACGUUUGCAACUUUAAAUUGUAGGAAUAAUCCAAGUGCAGGACUCGACAUUUUGAAACGAGCUCUUAAAUAUUUAAAAAAGGGAAUAGAGUUUGACAAUCACAAGAGAAUUCAUUCCAUGACUUUAAAUAACAUGAGUUUUGCUUUCCGAAUGAAAAACAUGUUUGAGGAAGCUCUUGAUUUCGCAAAACAAGCAUUCGCAAUUGAAUAUGAGACUCCGAAAGGAGAAAAUGACAUAGCUCUAGCAGACUCUUAUUUGAAUAUUGGAGCAAUUUUGUCCAAACUUGGAAAACACAAACAGUCGUUGGCCCAUGCGAACACAGCUCUUGAUAUUUUGUUAUUUCAACAGUCUAAACUUGUUGAAAGGGAAGCUGAAGAAGAAGAAGCAGACGGAAGUGAGGAAGACAACGAUUUCAAGCACCCAUCAUUAUCACACGAUGCUUUAUACUCGAGCAUUGUUGUGGCUCACAACAAUAUUGCAGUGGAGUUGGAACAUUUAAUGGAGAUUUCAAAGGCCUCUCUUUUUCAUGAGAAAGCACUAGAAAUUGCUAAAACCAGAUUGGGGCCACACCAUGCAGUAACUAUUCGAAUGCAACAAGUAUUAGCAAGAUUUCAAGAAGAUUUUAAAGAGGAUAAGGAAAUAGAAGCCUUGUUGCUUGCGAAAGAAAAGGGAGCACUUAUCACCUCAAACUUGUCAACACAGGCAUCCAUUGAUCGUUUGCACAAUGAUUUGAAAAGGAAGAAAAAAGAAAUGAUGAGAAAAAGAGAGGACUUGAGCGUCAAUGAUAUAUCAUACCACAAUCAAGGAGAGACUGAUAAUCCCACUUCCUCUAUUCCGCCUCUUGAUCUUUCCUCUCUUAGUUCUAUAACUACCAAUACGAAUCUAAAAACCAUGUCUUCCAAACCCUCUCACCAUUCUGCCUCCCCAAAGAAUUCAGUACCCACCCCUAAAAAGACCAUCUCCCCUUUAAGAUUGCUUCAAGAAGAUUCUGUCAACCUUAACGACAGUCAGGUUCUUCUGGAGCUGAAUAACAUUCUUAACAAUUAA